AAAUAUCGCGCCCAAAUCAUUACCGUGCCGCGAGUCGCCAAACUGAAGCUCCUCUAUCUACUUUUCCCGUUCCUCCUCUACCUCUCUAUGUCCUUUCUCACCAAGUUCUUCCGCCCAUUCACAAGCAUGUCCUCCGCACCCGCACAGCCGAUGAACAUACCCGAAGGCGCAAAGGCCGCGACCGUCGCCGCAGGAUGCUUUUGGGGCGUUGAGCACAUGUACAGGCGCGAGUUUGGCAAGAAGGGCUUGUACGAUGCGCGUGUGGGAUACAUCGGCGGCGACACAGAGAACCCGGGAUACCGCGCGGUAUGCAGUGGGCGGACAGGUCACGCCGAGGCACUCCAGGUCGUCUAUGACCCCACCAAGAUCGAAUACCGCUCGCUCCUCGAAUUCCUCUAUAAAAUGCAUGACCCCACAACCGAGAACCGCCAGGGCCCUGACGUCGGCACCCAGUACCGCAGCGCCAUCUUUUACCACGACGCCGAGCAGGAGAAGAUCGCAAAGGAGGUUACCAAGAAGGUCAACGAGCAGUGGUGGAAGGGCGCUGUUGCCACAGAGGUCUUGCCCGCGGGCCAGUGGUGGGACGCUGAGGCGUACCACCAGAAAUAUCUGGAUGUCAACCCAGGAGGCUACGAGUGCCCUAGCCAUUUCUUGAGGAGCUUUCCUCCCCUCUCAUAAGGUCGAAUAUCUAGGUACGACGGUUAAGACGACGGGAGGAUUAAGACAUUAAGUACGCGUGUCGCGUAUGAACAUGUUAUGGAGAUAGGAAGGAGCUCACAUUUCAGACAUUAUUGCUAGUUAGCAUGAACAUGUUAUUCACUCGACAUUCAGGAUCCUGGCUGCUAACACUGUGCGUACACAGAAUGUCUUUGUUA